AGAGGCGCCAAACCCUGCAGUGAGAGGUGGAGGUUAAGUAAAAAUGGCGGACUCCAGUGAUCGUAAAGCCGUAGUGGGUAACAAGCAGGUGAUAUUCAUGGAUUUUGUUUCCGGUUUUCCAAAAGAAUCGAGCAUGUACGUGACUACUGGUACUGUAAAACUAAAGCUACCACAAGGUUGCAGAGGAGUUCUUCUGAAGAACCUUUACUUAUCCUGCGACACUUAUAUGCGAAUACUGAUGAAACCCCAUAAUGGGAGUUCUGGUGAUGCCUUCAAUCCCUACGCCCCUGGUUGUCCAAUUUAUGGGUUUGGAGUAGCUAAAGUCUUGGAUUCAGGCCACCCAGACUUCAGGAAAGGGGACUUAGUUUGGGGAAUAACUACAUGGGAAGAGUACUCUGUCAUCACAGCACCUGAAAUCCUCUUCAAAAUUCAGCAUACUGAUCAACUAUGUUUCUUCUUCAUUUUCCUCUUAAUAAUAGGUAUGGCCGGUAUGACUGCUUUUAUCGGGUUCUAUGAGAUUUGUUCUCCUAAGAAAGGAGAAUAUGUCUAUGUCUCCGCUGCACUGGGUGCAAUUGGUCAGCUUGUUGGCCAAUUUGCAAAGUUGACGGGCUGCUAUGUUGUUGGAAGUGCUGGAAGUAAAGAAAAGGUUGAUUUGUUGAAAAACAAGUUCGGAUUUGAUGAGGCUUUUAACUACAAGGAAGAGCACGAUUUGAAUGCCGCCCUAAAAAGACACUUCCCUGAAGGCAUUGAUAUUUACUUCGAUAACGUUGGGGGCAAAAUGCUAGAUGCUGUACUUCUCAACAUGCGAGUUCAUGGCCGCAUUGCUGCAUGUGGGAUGAUCUCACAAUACAAUGCUGAUAAGCCUGAAGGCGUAAGUAAUUUGAUGAAUAUCGUGUAUAAGAGUGUCCGCAUGGAAGGAUUCACUGCCAUGGAUCACUUACAGCAGUACUCCAAGUUCCUGGGCACAAUUAUCCCUUACAUCAAGGAAGGAAAGAUUGCAUAUGCAGAGGAUAUUGCUGAAGGUCUGGAGAAUGGUCCUUCUGCUCUGCUAGGACUCUUCCAUGGCCGGAGUAUUGGGAAACAGAUUAUUGUAGUAGCACGGGCGUAAUCCGGCCUUGUAAUGAAAUCAUUACGUGUCAUUGUGUUGUGGGUUAUUUAGUCCUCCUUUCAUUGGAGUCCAAUUAUGUAUAGUUCCAGUCUGAAUAUUAAUGAUUUUCUGUAUUCCCAAGGCAUGCUACUUGAAGGAUAUCAAAGCUAUUAUAGUAAUAGUUGUGUACAUCGUAUUAUAUGCCUGUGCUGUUUGGCAGUAGCAACUUAUAAACAUCUGCACUCUUU